AUGGGCCCUGCAUGGCUGGACUCGCUCGACGAGGACUGGGUGUCGCAGCCCGGGUCGCCGAUCGACGCGUCGUUUGCCGACCUUGCGCCUUCGCCGUCGCCUAAGCCACAACUUCGUCCCAAAGCGGCUGCGCGCAGUAGCAAGAUCCCGCGGCCCAGUCCCCGAGGGAAAAAAGGACUACAACAGCAUGGCGCCGAUAACAGCAUCAGCAGCAGUCCGAACGGGAACACGAGCGUCCUCAACGAGCGCAACCUUCAUCUGCACGAGCGCCGAACCGCCGCGCUGGGCCAUAGUAGAAAACAUACCCCGUCAAAGCUGUCGCGGGAGAUAUAUCCUGGGAGUAGCAAUAAUAGCGAUGGCAAUAACACGAGCAAUGCUAGCCGCAGUCAUAGUUGCAGCAGUAAUAAUUCGAGUGCAAACCCCGGAAAAAGCGGCGUGCGUGACUGCCAGGCAUGUCGCUCAGCAUCGGCAUCAUCAACGGCAUCGGUCAUACGACGACCAAUGCUUCGCAAAUCGGGCGGCGCGGCGAAUGUCCGUGGUACAGGAGAUACGCCCGAGUGGAAGCGACGACUGGUAUAUGGGGAACUGUCUUACGGCGAGCAGCGCGACUUAUUCACAUCGGCAGGAACAGGUCUCGAGAAUAUUUUCAAGCCUCCGCCCACGACCACUCCAUCCACACGUCCGACGACCGCUGUGACCGAGAAGAUGGAGGAGUCACCGCAGCCGCAAACGUGGAACAAUGAUGAGCAACAUGAGCAGGAAGAUGAUGAGCACGAGCACGAGUUCGAGCUCGAGCCUGAGCAUGAGCAUGAGCAUGAGCAUGAGCAUGAGCACGAGAAUGAUCAUGAAGAGCACGAACAGGAUCAAGAACAGGAAGAACAGGACCAAGAACAUGAACAAGAAUCUGACCACAACGAGCCCGAGCCUUCAGAAGAAUACCCAGAGCCCCAGAGCCAUCCUCGUGUCACAUUCUCAGCCAGACCUCCGCCUGUAUAUCCUCCCGACGCAUCCCCCGAACCAAACGCUGCCCACGACGAUGACAAGUUCUCCCGAUCCCCAACCGAAUCCCCUCCUCAACCGCCUCCUCCCCGCCGCGGCCCCCGACAAAUCCGUUACCGUCGCACCUCCUCUGAAUCCGACCGUUCCCCGAGCAGACGCUCCCCUUCCCCAGAUGGCAUGCCCCCAGCAGACCAAAACCAUCAACAACAGCCGAUCCCCCCAGCGAUCAACACAUCCUCCCCAGCCGUGCCCCCCCCAAAACCAGCCCAACACCUCAACGUCCCCUCCGACAUUCUCAGUAACGGCGGCGACGACGGCUCCCGCAAGGUCAGCGGACGCAGCGACAUCCGCAAUGAGGACUUCAGCCCAAUCAUUCUGGAGCGACUCCAAGCCAGCGACGGGCGCACCAUUGCUUUUCAGCCCAUGGAACUUCCGCCGGAGGAGCUUAAGAGAAGAUUGCAGCGUCUUAGGCAGAGGCAGAAUCAGAUGCUCUUCACGGGCGAUGCGAGGUCUGAGACGGGGUCGUUGAUGGGAAUUGUUGAGACGAGUGAAGAUUUGGAGCGGUUGGGGAGGUAUGUCAAUUUCAAGAGGGGGAGCAGGGAAGUCGAUUCGUUUAGGAUGGAGGGGUUGAGCGAGGCGUUGAAUGAGAUUUCGGAACUGAAUCCGGAGACAUCGUUGCAGGCGAGUACGCCGAAGAAGUUUCCUAGUGUUCGGUCGGAGAGGCCUGAGGAAGAGGAAAAUGAUCCUGCGUUUGAUAAGAGUCCGGAUCAGAGCCCCCCCAGAGAGGAGAAGAGAGCUGGUCUGGCUGUUGGGCCGGGGAACAGUCCGCUCAAACUAUUCCAGCCGUACGACACGUUCACCAGUCAGACGCUCAUGCGCAGGCUUAGUCAGUUCCAUGAGCCUGCUGGUGAUGGUGAGGCCAACGGCAGUACUUACUCUCCCGGCGCCAAAGAAGGCGAGUCCCCGCCGCGUAACCAGUCCCACGGCCGCCCUAGGCAGGUCUCAACCAGCCGUUUCGGCGCAGGCGAGCUCGACGGGUACGAGUUUCAUGAAGACGAGUUCUCUCACCUCGAUCACUCAGGAGGCAUGGACGGCGACAAGGAGAACCGCGGUCCUUAUCGCCAGCUCGACGGUGACGACGAAUACGGCGACUCCCCCAGCCCGAACCAGAAAUUCCAGCCUAUCUUCGACCUCAGCCACACAAACUCGCCAUCUGACCAAGCCGACUCCCAGUUCGUGCUCCCUCGACGCAGGGGAAAAUCUCGUCGGCGCACAGCUAGGGCCUCGCUACCUGUCUACCCCUCCGGUGCAACUGAACUUCCGCUAUCGACGCCCCACAGAAGAAGAGACGCGAUGAACGAACCCAAGCGUCCGCGUACGUCGCCCUGCAAGUAUGAUCCUACCCCCAAACGGAGGAGAACGCUACACCGCUCAGAUAUCGCCUACGGCAUCGAGGACGGAAGGUUACUCCUUGGCGGCGAGCAGCAGCUCCAACUCGAGCACGAGCAGACGCCUAGCCCGGGACAACACUCUCCCGACCAAGAUGGGGGUAUCACACGGUCGGGGACGCCAUCGCCCCCGCAACGGGCUUCUGCUACUACCCAUCCGGUUGACUUCGAGGUGCGGCCCCUCAGAGCAAGCAGGUUGGGCGGGCAGCCGCCUACGGGACCUACCGCCCUGCCGCCUGGCAGCGCAAUGAUGGAGACGAACAGAAAGCCGUCGAUAAAAACGGAGGACUUUUUGCACGAGGCGAAUAAAAUUAUGGCGAUGAUCCGCAGUAAGGCGGGGCUACAGACGGGGAGGGGGCUCGGGAGUGUGGAAGAGGAGGGGGAGGGAAUGAAGGAGUCUGAUGAACAACAGGAAGGACAGCGGGAAGAACAGGGGGAGGGCGACAUGUCGUUUGAAUCCGACAAGGAGCCGUUUUCUAGGCCUCCGAGCAGAGAGGGGAGACCGCCUUUGCCGAGACGGAGCACAAGGCAAGAGGAUCCCGUGUUGGCGGAGCAGUUGAAGAAGUACGAAGAGGGGGAUGAUGGAAUGGGGGAUGUGGUUGCGUCGAUGAGGUCCGGGGGAUUGAGACAGAGUGCCAUGCUCAAUUCCAUGGCGAAAAGGCAGCAGCUUUGGAUGCAGAUGCAGGGAUCGCAGUUGCAACAACCGCCACAGCCUCAGCAGCAGUCACCACACGACUCCUUCGACCGACACUCCAGCUGGGAUAGCCGUGCCACACGCACCUGGCUAUCCAACACUCCUGGUGCAGCAGCCGUCAUGGGCAACCUUCCUCAAGUCAAAAUCAUCCCUCCCAACAACGGCUGGCCCUCGCCACAACCAUCCGGCCCGCACAAUGAGGAGGGCCCUGCGCCAUCAAGUAGGCACGUCUCUGGCGCGAGCGCGCUCUCCGUAUCGAUGCUGCGCGCCGGGUCUUCGCGCGGGUCGAACCCCAAUGACGCGCGCAAGACAAUUGCCCCUGAGAGUGUGUCGCACUUAAUUCCUGAUCAAGUAGGGGACAUGGUUCUCGACAGGGAGCGUCAGGUGUGGGUGAAGAGGAAGACUUCUGCGGCCGGGGGCCCGGAGCAGAAUGGUGUAAAAGGGAAGGUGUCGGUCGAGGAGAGCGAGGAUGAGGAAGAUCCGUUUGCGGGGAUUCCGGAUUUGAGCGUGGAUAUGACGAGCGAGAUGCUUAAUCUUAAACCGCCGGCUGGGUUGGGGAAUGAAAAGGGAAGGGAUCCAAGGAAACUCGCGUUCUCGUCGCCGCUGGCAGAGGUCAUUGUUGAUCAGCGGAGUUUGGGGACAGCGACGACUACAGAUGAGACAGGGAGUCAACCGCCGUCGGGGAGUACACCUUCCGUGGUGAAUAGGCCGCUGCCGGCGGGGUACGAGACUAUCGCUAGUACGAGGUCGAAUGGGUCGCGUCCGACGGUGCCUAUGAGACAGUUUUCUGUGGGCGGGGAGACGCAGACGGCGAGACCGGUGAGCAGGAUUGAUGAGCGCAGUGAAGAGUCAGAAGAUCAAGGAAAUGUUGGCCUUGCAGCGGGAGCUGAGAAUCUCGUUCUGCCGCCGGAGGAGAAUUCCAAGGGGAUGGAACUGAGUUUGGUGGGGGAUAUGAGUAUGAGUGUUGUCAGUCCCGAGAGGGGGGGUGACAAGGAGAAGGGGAAGAACCCUGCCGCUGUCACAGGGGACCAGACGCUUAGUUUGCUGGUCGCUACGCCGCCCGUCGGUCGCAACACGAAAUGCCCUGUGGUGGAGGCAGAUCCGGUUGCGGUGCUCAACACUUAUGUGGGCAACCUCUCGCUGAGCCCGCUGUCUACAUUUACUAUUCACCGCCCAAAUGAGUCGCUGCCGCUCGAGGCUAGCUACGUCGUCGGCAACCACCGUUUUGCGACGGGCAAUCCUGAGGGUAAACGCACCGUCUCACUUAGUGUGCAAGAGCUGGUGGCUAAACUGGCCGAGGUCGAGCCGUUUGAGCCCUACUGGGAGGAUAUGAAGGAGUUGGAUCUUCGCAGGAAGGGGUUGACCGCUGUGCAUGCACUGGAAGAGUUCUGUCCCAAGCUAAGGACGCUGGAUCUGUCGCAUAAUCGGAUCAGGAACUUGGGCGGGAUCCCUGGGACGGUGUUGCAUCUCCGGGCUAUGGAGAAUCUGUUAAGCGACCUAACGGCAUGGAGUCACCUACAGAAUCUGCAGUACCUCGAUGUAUCGGGCAACGAUCUCACCACGCUCUCGCCGCUGCAGCAUCUCGUACAUUUGAGGGUCCUCAAAGCGGAUAACAACCGCCUGGCCUCGCUGGACGGGAUCAAGUUCCAUCGGUAUCUGCAAUCGCUGCGCGCGAGGAACAACGCACUUACUGUCUUGGAUCUCUCCUCAUCGACUAUGAACGAGCUGGCGACGUUAGACCUCAAGCAUAACCGCAUCUCCCGCGUCACAGGCCUCGCCCGUCUCCCCGCCCUCACAACCCUCAACCUCGCCCACAACAACCUCACCACCUUCGCCGUAGACGACACCGACGGCCCCUGCCCCGCCCUCAAGUACCUCCAUCUCAGUGAUAACCACCUCGUCUCCCUGUCUCUAGCAAACCUUCCCCACCUACGUCUCCUCCACGCUGACCGCAACAACCUCAUCCAACUCGACAACCUAAACCCCCGUUCCUGCCGCCAUCUAGACUCCCUUUCCCUCCGCGAACAGCAUGGCGAGAAGGGUCUCGACGUGACACACCUUUUGGCCAGGGCAUUCGAGGUGCGCAAGCUGUUCCUCAGCGGGAAUUUAUUGAGUAAAGGGUUUGUGCCGAGAACGGAUAUGCUCAACCUGCAGGUCUUGGAGGUCGCAAAUUGUGGGUUGGUUCAACUACCCGAAGAUUUGGGGCUUUUCUUGCCCAAUUUGAGGGUAGUUAACUUGAAUAUGAAUGCUCUCAAGAGCAUCGAGGGAUUGAAAGGGGCGGGACGGGUGAGGAAGGUGUUUGUGGCGGGGAAUCGGAUUGGGGAUUUGGGGAAGUUGGUUAGCGUGUUGAGUUCUUGGCGGGGGUUGAGGGUGUUGGAUGUGAGGGAGAACCCGUGUACAGGGGGGUUUUAUAAGCUGGGUGCGUUGGCUGUUGCCAAAGGAAAGAAGGGGAAGAAGCGUGACGUGAGCGGUAGCUCUGCCGCUGCUACCGAGGAGACGGCUACCAAAGAGCCUGACACUCCCAAGGACACUCCCUUCCCUUCCCUUCCCGACGAUCCAGCCCUCCCACCCCUGGACCCCCAACAUAACUCCGAAGACGACCCCCAUGAUAAUCACAACUCUGACUCCGAAUCCUCCGACCUCGACGCCUCUCCUUCCCAGUCCUUUACACUCCCGGACCAGUCGCCCACACAAGAUAGUUCCUUCCGGGCCCGACUGGAUAUGGAUACCCGUGUGCGCAGGAGGCUGUAUGAAGCGCUGCUUGCGAGCAGGUGUCCUGGGCUGAGGAAGGUUGAUGGAUUAGGGUUUGAUGCCAAGAGAAUGGGCACGCCGAGGGACGGGGAUGAGGUUUGGAGGGUUAUAAGGGAGAGGGGGUUAAUUAGGGGGGAUACUAAUCAGAAUGGAGAGGGGACGACUAAGAGUCGGUGGGGGGUGGAGGAUAGUUUUGCAUAG